UAUUGCGAUCGCCUAGACGUGCAACAGCGUGGUUUGGUACUCGCGAUGAACCCCUUAAUCGUCGGUGAGGUGCUAUCGUUUAGGGACCAAAAUUACGAUGUCUUCAAUAACAAUGUAAGUCACAACUUACGUUCCAAGGUUUCCGAAUCGUGGAGAUUUUUGAACAACUUUAACUCCCUAAAUGGAUACGAACAGGUGAAUCUUCACGGUUUUGGUACCAAGGCUGACCAGGUCAGCAAAAAUGAUUCGAAAAUGUCCAUCGAGCUGGUUGUCAGCAAUUUGGAUCCUGCUAUCGAGUAUAAGAACGUAUGGGCCAUUUUACUGAACUUGUUUAAACAAUUCGUGAAGGUCCUAAAUAUAUCGGUAAACGUCCAACCGGAUGGUUCACUAACUGCGAAUGUAAAAGUUUCAACGCAGCACGAAGCACAAUUGGCAAUAACGCACUUAAAUCAUCAAUGGAUUGGUGAUAAACGUAUCGUAGUAUCGCACUUGCAUCCAAUUCCAGAUUACAAUGAAGUGCGUUUCAUUGUAAUUAGUUUACUUCAGAAUGUUCCCGGGAAUCAAAUGCCUCUAUUUAAGUUUUUCGAACUGGUACGUUCGCGUUAUCACACCAGUGUUUCGGUGUCGGAGGUGAACAGGCUGAAAACCGUAUGCAAAAUUAUUGAUGGGCCGAAUGGUCGCGUAAUUAAAUUGACGCAAGAAGCCAGCGGAUAUGGUCCUCUACAAUACGAUAGCUCACCCCAAUACUAUUGUACCGUACAUUGCCCAAACGGUUUGGAAGUUAAAGGCUGGGAAGGUGUUUCAUUGCCCAACGUCACGAUUUCAUUAAAAAAAUUUCAAAAAGAGGUGCUAGAAGUACUCUCCUCGCACACGGGGUGCAUGCCACUACUAAGUUUUCCAGUAUGCUACGCAAUGCAGUUUAAGAAAGCGCUACCAGAAGAUGACAACGGUAUCCCACUCGAGCACUUACUUACUUGCGUUUCUAAUAUUGAAAUUAUUACCAGUAAUAAUAAUAAGAACGUUAAGUAUGUUAAGCUGCGAAAUAGCACCAAAGAUGCAAAGCCAAAGGAACAACAAGAAGAUCCUUUGGCCAAAACGGUUCCGGCGCCGUUUAUUGAAAACGUCUCCGUGCUGUGUCGUCAAAUCAGUGAUUUAUUGAAAACCGUUGAAAAAUGUCAACUGCUCAUCACGCGAUUCGUGCCAACGUACCAUCAUCACUUUGGGCGUCAGUGCAAGUUGGCAGAUUAUGGUUUUACAAAGUUAACCGACUUAUUUGAAGCGAUCUCCCACUGUGUGCAGAUUUUAGGAUAUGGAGAGAAAAAGAUGAUCACAUUAACACAUUCAGUCCAAGUGCGCCGUUUCACAUCCGACUUACUGCGAGUGUUGAAAGGGCAGUCGCUACAAAGGGUCUCCUUCGUUAACUUCCCGGCAGCUUACGAAAAGGUUUUUCAUAAGACUUUCAAGCCCGCCGAGUAUGGGCUGUGCGACCUGGAAGAUCUACUGGCGGAAAUUCCCGAUGGAACCGUAACUGUGGACGAAGUGAACACCAUCGCUAUACCAAAACGGGAGCAGACCGCCGAACAAGUUGAGCGCACAAACCAGUUCAGAUCCGAGAUAGAGGAAUUUUUGUGUCAGUCGCCGUACUGCUCCAUACUAUUCGAUAAGUUCAUACCGGCCUAUCACAGACACUUUGCGCGUCAGUGCAAGGUCUCGGAUUAUGGUUUCACAAAGCUCGUGGAACUGUUCGAGGCCAUUCCAGAGACGGUCGAGGUGGAGGAAGUGUCUGACACAGAACGUAGAGUGAAAUUGAAGCUUCAGACCGCUUUGGAAGUCCUCGGUGGACAAAUACGUUCCUUAAUCUUGCAGUCUAAUUUCUCUACCAUUCUAAUUAGUGAAAUGGUCGAUGUGUUUAAACAAACGCACGGGUAUACUUUGAAAGCUCUGCCUUACCAAUGUCAAGACUUGACAGAGUUAGUACUCAAACUAGACGAUUUUAUUCAGGUCACUUACAGCAGAUCAGCACCUCUGCUCAGUGUCGUAAACGUGGAUAACCAAGUGUUGGAGAUCCGAACUUGGACACUACUGAGACACCCCCCCUACAAAUGUGGCCUGAGCAAAUUUAAAUAUGAGUAUCGCAUAAGAUUUUUGACUAAC